AUAUAAUUUAAAAUACACUUUUUUUGGAAAAUGCACAGGAAAACUGCAUCCAAACGACAAAAUAUGCCUAGGAAUAGCUUACGCAUAUAAGAAAAAGUUUAUCUGGAUACUUACUCAAUAGCAGAGAUGUUUGCUCAGCGGAUUGUUUUCUGCAAGCGACACUGAAUUAUUUAUUACACAACAAAUAAAUCAAAAAAAAACACUUGUCGAUAAAGUUUAUAAAUAGCUUGUAAACAAACUGAAAAAAAGGAAGACGCGCGCCUACAUACCAUUAAGUCAUACCAUGCGAUAAAGACAUUGACCCACUAAUUUGUAGUGAUUGUCAGUGACCUCUGUCGCCAACUAUAUACUUAAAAUUGUAUACAAACAAAAGCGCUUCCCUCAACAAAACGUGCCGCCAUGGCCAACCGGCAAAUAGCCCAUGCCAGUGCACCAGAAAAUCAUUUGCGGCUCUCCUGGCAUGACACCCAAAUGAUUGCUACGUUGAGCCCACAAAAUGUGAUGGACUAUUUUUGUCGCAAGUCCAAUCCUUUCUAUGAUCACAUGUGUAACAAUGAAACAAUUCGCAUGCAACGGUUGGGCGUUGAACAUCUGCAAAACAUGACAGGUCUGGAGUAUAUACUUUUGCAUGUAGCUGAGCCAAUCCUCUACGUCAUCCGAAAGCAACACAGGUAUAAUCCCUCGGAGGCAACGCCAAUUGCCGACUACUAUAUUAUUGGUGGUACAGUUUAUAAGGCGCCGGACUUGGCUAAUGUGAUCAACGCACGCAUUUUGAAUACAGUUGUCAAUUUGCAAUCUGCAUUUGAAGAAGCCAGCAGCUAUGCACGAUAUCACCCAAAUAAGGGCUACACUUGGGAUUUUUCUUCCAACAAAGUUUUGUCGGACAAAUCCAAGGCUGGGAAAAAGGAUGUUAGUGCCGCGAAGGAUGACAGCGGCACUCUUUUCCAAAAGCAACGUGUCGACAUGUUGCUGGCCGAGCUGCUACGUAAGUUUCCACCCCCCAUUCCGCCAAUGCUACAAAAUCUGCAGCAACCUGUACAACAAGCUGGGCAAAUAUCUACCAACCAGGAAAGCAAUGUGGAUCCUUCGAGCACUGGCAAUGCUGCAGACUCCAACACAUCUGCCCCGCAACCGAACGCAGCAUUGGAUAUUAAAACUGAAGCUGUUGACAUGAAGCCGCCGCCCGAGAAAAAAGCGAAAUAAUUGAUAUAAGCGGAACUAAAUGGCGUUCAUUUGAACUGCAAAUUACAUUUAAAGGAAACUAAGUCUACAAGAUA